CAGGAAUUGCAGUAGCGACGAACUUUUUUGAGGUAGGAACCUUUCUCAAUAUCAAAACCUAGAAGACGUCUUCCCAAUCUUCUUCCCUCAAUGUCAUCAAACCAGUUGCCAUUUCCUCUACCUCAAAUUUUCUACCUCCAUUUGAACCAGAAGCAUGGCACAACACCACGAAGCACUCAAUCCGAUACAUCCUUCAGUCCUCUCCUCCCUUGAUCCAACAUUCGUCAAGUUCUACAACGAGCAUGUAGCGAAUAUCCCGAACAAGCCGAUCGACAUCAACCUCCUGCGAAGCAAAUACUCCGUCCUCUAUUCAUACGGCACAGCUCCAGCUCCAGAAGCUGCAAAGAUAUGGGAUACCAGAAUCCUGGGCUAUCAAGGAGCGGAGAUCUCAGUACAGAUGCACGAGCCAGCUAGUCCUGGACCUUGGCCGGUACAUGUUGAUUUCCACUGUGGAGGAUGGGGACUUGGAGACCUCAACACUGAAUCUCACAUCUGCAAGCACAUCGUAUCCCUCGCCAACGUAGCCGUCAUCGACGUAGCAUAUCGGCUUGUCCCCGAAAACCCCUUCCCGACCGGGAUCCUUGACUCCUUUGCCGCCCUACAAUACAUAACUUCGCCGUAUGGAGUUGAACAAUUCAACAUCAAUCCCACGAAGAUAUUAGUGGUUGUGGGAACACCGACUGUCGACGAUUUAAGCAAAUACGAAAAUGCACAAGGAAGCCCGUAUAAGAGUAUGCAGGAGAUGGAAUUCGCUCCCACGUUAAACUGGGCAAGUCUGAGUAAGGACCCUGAAGAGAGGAACAAGCAGACGGAAGACGUGAAAUGGUUUGCGGAUCUGAUGAUAGCGCAUAGUUUCAAGAAUCUGGGGAAGACGGUUAUUUAUACGGCUGGGUGUGAUCCUUUGAGGGAUGAGGGGGAGGCGUAUGGGAGGAGGCUGGUGGAGGCUGGGAACGAGGUUACGAUGAAGAGGUUCGAGGGCGUUCCGCACCAUUUUAUGCAUAUGGAUGCUGCUCUUCCACAAGGCAGGAAAUAUAUCGAGAUGCUAUCGGAAGAGAUCAGGAAUUCUCUAGUUGUCGAAGUCUAGCAGAAUACACAUCAUACUUGUUGAAAACCCCCAGCUUUAUAGAUAUACGAAUGCGGCGGGUCAUUCUAGGCGUUCACAACACCC